UAUUGAAUAAAUUUUUAAGUUCUUUUGGUGCAAUUUGUUAUUUACAUUUCGUGAUAAAAAUUCCAAGUACAAAGCCGUAAAAACGAGGGAGACUGUGGACGAAGAGAUGCCAGUGCGGGUGGAAAAGGAAAUCUGGAACCCGCCACCGCCUGAACACUCACAUCAACCAGGCUUGCUCAAUACUUUGUUAUACAAUGGCUCGAAGUUCAAAGGAUACCAAAAGUCAAAAGGAAAUUCGUACGAAGUGGAAGUAAUACUGCAGUUUGUGGACGAGGCCAACUCCUAUCUGUGCGGUUACUUGAAAAUUAAGGGACUAACAUUCGAGUUUCCCACAUUGACGACCUUCUUCGAUGGCGAAAUAAUUUCCAAGCGAUAUCCCUUUCUCACGCGCAAAUGGGACAGCGACGAGGAGGUCGAUCGGAAACACUGGAGUAAAUUUGCAGCAUUUGCCGACUACCAAAAAACCUUCAACUCAGACGACUUUAGCUACGAAGCACUCGAAAACAGUGACUAUGUAUUUAUGCGAUGGAAAGAGCACUUUUUGGUGCCGGAUCACACGAUACGCGACAUAAAUGGAGCUAGCUUUGCGGGCUUUUACUACAUUUGUUUCCAAAAAUCAAGAGCAAUCAUGGAGGGAUAUUACUACCACAGAUCGUCCGAAUGGUUCCAAUCGCUAACACUAGAACAUGUGCCAGAAAAAUGCAUCCAAAUUUAUGAAUUUAGAUAAAAAUGCGCCAGCAAAUUGCAAAAACAACACUUUAGUUACAACGAGACGACGCUUCAUUACAUAAAUAUUAAAACAAAAAAACUAAACUGAGAACAAAAUAAUUUAUACGAGAAACGAGUCAACAUUUUUAAGUCUUCACAGAACACAAAAAAAAAGAAAACGGAGAAACUGGACAGUAGGCACACACUCACAUAUGAAAUUUAAAAAAAUAAUAAAUUAUUGCACAAUAUUUUUUCGAAAAAGAAUUGUAAUUAUUAUUAUUUAAUACUAAAUAUUAUAUCGAAUAAUAACAUCAUGUACCUAACAUU